AACCCAAUUAUUUGGAGUCAGCUAAUCGUGGUCAGUCAGUCACCACAGAGCCUUCGAGACCAGAAGUCAGAGACAAAAGCAAUUUAAAGCUACAAUUUGUACAUUCAUAUGAUGCCAAGGAGGCUAUCCAAGACACUCUGCUUUCCGAGACCACCGUCAAGUGUCCACGAUCACGCCAGCGCAAGCUCUCUUCGCUCAGCCUAGACGAAGCUGCAGUGGAAUUUGAAGCGGUAACUCGGCGGAUAUCAGCAAGCUCCGAUCCGGAGCUAUGUUUUUCAGCUUCUGACAAUGAACUUGAGUCAGGGGCACUUCGAAGGCCUAUCGGCAUUUCGUCGAUAUUUGAUCCUAAGCGUAUAAAUUCGAUCUACUGCCUCAGUUGCCUUGACAUAGAUGAUUUGAGUUCUAACAUAGGAGCUGGAGUGGACAAUAUAGGUCGCGAUUUUACAGAGGAACACUUGAUCAGAAAUGAUGCAAAAGUCAACCAAGAGACAUCUGGCUCGAAGCCAUCUGCUUUAGGCAUAAAAUCUACAUCUCCACAAGAGCCAUCUAUUCCAGAUACCGGUGGUUUAGAUAGCAUCCUGGCUCUUGAAGAUGCUCGUCUUUCAACUGCUUCUUGGAUAGACGAAAUACAUAUUAAGUGGUUUAUUAAGGCUUUGCAUUCGGGCCAUAGAGUUUUACACACGUCUCCUGUGUGUUCGUCAACCAAUGCUAGUAAUACAUCCUACGGUAGCCGUUCCGCAGUGGAGGCAAUUGAUGAAAUCCAUUUUUUUCUCUUUCUGCUGGACCAGCUUCCAGAAAUCCCCAAUUUUCCUCAGAUCUCCAAUUUUAUCAGUUCGGAAGCCAAUGUGAAGAAUUAUCGUCUUGAUGAAGAAGAAAUCUUGCUAGCCGACCUCGACAAUCUGACAAAUCGUUACCGAACAAUCGCCAUUCAGCCAGCUAGCUGUUCAGAUGAACAAUAUUCUACUAAUCUUCCAAAUGAAAACCAAUUUACUUCUCAAUUUUUUGCCACCUCCAUGAAACCAGACUAUGCCUAUAGGACUUCUUCUCUUCGAAACGACAAGGAGGAAGACAAUGAAGUGAUAAGCAUGCUGCAUCCCUCCCAUUCUUCCACAACAGAUCACGCAUUUUACCCUACCAUCAAUUCACCCGCCCUCCUACAAAACACCACUUUUUUACCAUCGUUACCAUCUUCACCAAUUUUAGAACCUUCAAUUGUCAAAAAAGCCUUAAAUCACGAUAGUAGCCUUUCUCUGUCCCAGCAUCUUAGCCAAUGGAGGCCGCUUAACUCGAGCUUUUUGCUACAGUCAACUUGCCCACAGGCCCCGCUAGCUGGAAGUCACGUUCUCGAAACCUUGCUUUACUCAAGAAAUAUGGCUAUCCUGCCUUCUAGCAAUAGUUGCUCUCCUGCUAAGGAGCCAACAUUGAUCAAGUUGCCCACCCUGGGUAUGUAUGUUGGACGAAAUAUUCUUUCUUAUGUUGUUAAACUCUUUAUUUGA